CAUAAAGAGUGACUCAUGAAUUUAACGUUUUGCUGAUAGGGUGGAUUGUUAUCCUACGGCUGAGCAAUGGCAGAAUUUACAAUUCCAAAUACUACUCCAGUAUUCAACUUAGAGUGCAAAGGAGCAUUUGAUGCAUUGGAAGAUCAAGAGAAAAAAUACGCUCAUUUCCUUUCCCAAGCUGCUUACGAAGGAGGUCUCAUAGUGCUAUUACAAACUUCAUGCGAAUCAGUGCCAAUCUUCCUUUUAUUUCAAAGACUCUUUGCUGAACAAAACAUCGAGUCAUUGAAAAAAGCAGCACAAGAGGCAGAUAAGAGGAUCACUGAUGAUGAUUUUCAGGCAUUACUGGCUUAUGCUGCUGGAGUGUAUUCAAACAUGGGCAAUUACAAAUCAUUUGGAGAUACAAAGAUCAUACCUGCCAUAUCAAAGGAAAAACUCAAGGCAAUCAUUUGGGAAAGUGAAGCCUUUAAGAAUCAUUCAGUUUUAAUAGAGCCUUUGUGGGGAGAGUGCAAUAAAGCCAUUUAUAAUGUAGAACCACAAUUUCAAGAGCUUGGCUUGGAGGAAAAGGGAAUUUCCACAUAUUAUUCUAGUAAUUGUACCAGGAGUGAUUUAAAAAUUGUUGGAGACUUCAUGAAUGAGAAGGAAAUAAGCCCAUAUAAUACAAGACUAUUUAAAACCAUCGGGAAGGACAACAAAGUUACUUAUGAGCUGCGUCUUGCAUCAGUCUCAAAAUCAGGAAGUGCAGUGACUUGCAAAAACAACUUCAAAGACACUGUAGCAGAGAAGCUAGGCAGCUAUCAAUUAAAAGAUGCAACUUUGAAAAUAACAAGAGGGGAUUAUUCACCACUGCUAGGCAGGGUUGUGAAAAACCUUGAAAAUGCAAAGAAAUAUGCUGCAAACGAGAAUGAGAAAUCAAUGCUGGAUCACUACAUUCAUUCUUUCACCACGGGAUCAAUUGAUGCCCACAAGGAUGGGUCAAGGUAUUGGAUCAAGGAUAAAGGACCAGUCAUUGAAAGCUAUAUUGGGUUUAUCGAAUCAUACAGAGAUCCUUAUGGUGUCCGUGGCGAAUUUGAAGGCUUUGUUGCAAUGGUGAACAAGGAAAUGAGUGCCAAAUUUGGAACCCUGGUCGAAAAAGCAGAAGGACUCUUGAAGUUAUUGCCCUGGGAUCGUGAGUUCGAGAAAGACCAUUACCUUCGACCAGACUUCACAUCGUUAGACGUUCUUUCCUUUGCUGGUAGUGGCAUACCUGCUGGCAUCAAUAUACCAAACUAUGACGAUAUCCGACAAGUUGAUGGGUUCAAAAAUGUCUCCCUUGGUAAUGUGCUGAGUAGCUACAAUAAAGACAAGAACAUUACAUUUUUAGAGGAGAAUGAAAAGGAGCUCUAUUGUGAUCUAAGAGGGCCAUCAUUCGAAGUUCAAGUUGGCCUGCAUGAACUACUUGGACAUGGAAGCGGAAAACUACUUUGCGAGAACAAAGACGGAACAUUGAACUAUGAUGUAGACAAAGUCUCCGAUAUGCUCACUGGUGACAAGAUAAAAAGUUGGUACAAGCCUGGUGAGACAUGGGAUUCGAUUUUCUCAACCAUCAGCUCAACAUAUGAAGAAUGCCGUGCUGAGUGUGUUGGUUUAUAUCUUUGCAUUGAGAAAGAUAUCCUACGUAUAUUUGGUCAUGAGGGACAAAGAGCUGAUGACAUCAUGUAUAUCAACUGGUUGAACAUGGCUCGUGCUGGUGUCCUUGGCCUAGAAUACUACUCGCCGUCCACUCAAACAUGGAAGCAGGCCCAUAUGCAAGCCCGUUUUGUCAUCCUGCAAGUGCUUCUCAAAGCUGGCGAUGGCUUUGUAAGCAUAAAGAAAUUAACUGGUGAUGAUGGGAAGCCAGAUUUAAUGGUAACAAUGGACCGGACGAAAAUCGAGACAGUGGGAAAGCAAGUCAUUGGAGACUUCUUAAGACAACUGCAGAACUACAAAGCGACGGCCAAUUACAGUGAAGGGAAAGCUUUGUACGAUUCCUUGUCCGAAGUGUCUGCUAGCACAACACAUGGAAAUUUCCUUGAAUUCAGGGAUAUCGUCGUUGCCAGAAAACAGCCUAGAAAGAUGUUCGUACAAGCUCACACAAAAAUUGAAGGUGAUAAGGUGCAGCUAGAGGAAUUUGAUUCGAGCUUUGGAGGAAUAAUCAAAUCUUUUGUGACAAGGUUUUCUUACCACGAUUCACAGCUGGAGCAGCUAUGGAGUGAAGAUAGUGCAUUCCACUUCUACCAUAGUAAGCCAAAGAGUUGAGUGGAUACCCCCUGCAAGGAACAUUAGAAAGGUAUUCGACUUCGUACAGUAAAAAGGUUCUUUCAUUCAUUAGCAAGCUAUUAGGGCAUCAAGCCAUUCUACCUUCAGUUGUAUAAGUGUGACAACACUUUAACAAAUUACAUUUUCCUCCAAAUAAAUGCUCCUUUUGAAUUUCAGGAGGUCCUGUUCCUCUUAUAGCUGUGUAUUAAAAAUCAAUAGAUUCAUUUCGGGCAGAGUGAUGUAUUCAAUUGUCUAAAUAUUUGAAAGUAAAAUAUUAUCAGUCUUCUGCAAAGAAUUUUAAGAGACACGCUGUAUGCUUUUUGUAACUUCUAUGAUGUAUACUUCUGAUUAAGCCUACCUUGUGAAUGUUUUUGGCCUCUAAAGGACUUUUAAACUAUUUUAUUUCACACGUGCAUUGCCCCCAGUCUCUGCCCGUGUCGUUAUUACUGCCAAAAUGAAUUUACCUGAAACUAGUGCGUUUUGGCUGUAAAGAUACGAUUAAGCUGUGCACACCAUCCACUACUCUCCUUGUUUAAGUACCAUUAUGUCACAGCAUUGCUAGUUGUCUAUAUUUGAUGCUUCAAUGGGAGUACACUCAUUUUUUAUAAGAAACUGGCUAUAAGAAACGAGUACUGGACAGUCAGAAAAAAAUUAAGAAACUUCAGUACUCGAAGCAAAAAAACUAAGAAACGAAAUUUUGUAAAAUCCAAGAACAAGAUUGCCCUGUUGGCCUAGAGCUUAAGACACAAGGGAUAAAAACAUACUACCCACUUCUAAAUACAGCAUCGGAACGGAAGCGAAUCUCUUGACGUGGUAAAAAAUGUCAGGAACAUUUCAUAACAUCAUUCAUGACAUCAUAAUUAAGAAACUCUUAAGAAACUAUAAGUAUUGAAAUUUCCAGAACAUUAAGGAACUGGAGUACUCAACAUCGACCUUUGUUUCUUUUAAAAAAAUGAGUGUAUUCUAUAUCUGAUGCACCAGGAUGCACCAAAGAGAGUAGUUAAUGUUACUAUUUAAACAUUUUGUUAAGUUGGUUUAAUUUUAUUUUACAAGACCUCGGCAGUCCUACUGCAAAACCUUGUUUCCAAUUUCCUCGAAUAAUUUGGAAGCGUAUUUUCUAAUUUUGAUUAUCAAGUGGAAUGCGAAGAGCA